AUGAAGCUCAACAUCUCCUACCCCAACAAUGGAACCCAGAAGUUGAUCGAGGUCGACGAUGAGCGCAAGCUCCGCGUCUUCAUGGACCGCCGCAUGGGUCAAGAAGUCCCCGCCGACAGCAUCGGCGACGAGUUCAAGGGAUACAUCGUCAGGAUCACCGGCGGUAACGACAAGCAAGGUUUCCCAAUGAAGCAGGGUGUCAUGCACCCAACCCGUGUCCGCCUUCUCCUCGCUGAGGGCCACUCCUGCUACCGCCCUCGCCGCACUGGUGAGCGCAAGAGGAAGUCCGUCCGUGGUUGCAUCGUCGGCAUGGACCUCUCCGUCCUUGCUCUCAGCAUCGUCAAGAAGGGUGACGAGGACAUCCCCGGCCUGACCGACAUUGUCCACCCCAAGCGCCUCGGUCCCAAGCGUGCCACCAAGAUCCGCCGCUUCUUCGGUCUCAGCAAGGAAGAUGAUGUUCGCAAGUUCGUCAUCCGCCGUGAGGUCCAGCCCAAGAAGGAGGGCGCAAAGCCCUACACCAAAGCCCCCAAGAUCCAGCGUCUUGUUACUCCCCAGCGUCUCCAGCACAAGCGUCACAGGCUGGCACUCAAGCGCCGUCGCGCGGAGGCUUCCAAGGAUGCUGCCAACGAGUACGCUCAGAUCCUUUCCAAGCGCAUCAACGACGCCAAGGCCGCACACGACGAGGCCCGCAAGAGGAGGGCGUCUUCCAUGAAGCACUAG